AAAUCUACAGUCAAACUGAAAACAUUUGUGGCUGUUUAUACGAGGUAUUACAUUACCCGCGACCUCUGAAAAACAGUUAAUGAGAGCGACAGCACAAUUCACAUACUCAAAGCGGCGAACCGUUGGAUACUCAAAUUAUAUUUAAUCACAUCCUCACAUAGAUAAUUAUCCUGGCUGUUUUGAAUGUGUUUAAUCCGUCAGGUCUAAAUUCUUACAGAUCCAGACUCACUUGACUAAUCAACUGAUUGCUCCGAUGCUUAACCUUAAAUAAGUCCGAAAAUAGCUAGUUGAUGUAGGUGUAAAUCCUUCUUUUUUUACAUGUCACAAUUAAGUUCAAUAAUAGAAAGGCAUUAUUUGUAAUGACCAGUUGCCCAAGCGCCAACUUGCGCUAUUAAAUUAUUCUAAUACUUAAUUAUCAAUUACUGUGCAUUUAAAAAAAAGCAUUGACCAAGAUUUUCAGUUUACUAUCUCUAUUUCAAAGAGGUCAUGUAAAAGGUGACUCGUUGGUAACUUUAAAGCUGUUAUUGCUAGCAUUGUAAUUAUGAAGAUGUCAACUUAUCCACUUUUAUCUUCAUUUAUUACAUAAUCAGUUAUUAUAACUGUGGAUAAUUCAGUGCAUUAUUUUCCCAAGUACAGUUGUACCUCGCUAUUUCGCGGUUCAUCUUUCGUGGAUUCACAACUUUGCGGGUUUUUGAAACUGUAUAUAUAAAAUAUACUGUAUUCUGGAUUUGGAUCUGCAAGAGAUGCCACAGGAAUGGGACGACGAUAUGGUUCGAUCGGUCCAAUUUUGCAACAAAAUUGACAACGUAAUAACUGCCUAGAAGGUACUCUUCGACUGGAAAAAGAAUCAGCAGAGGCAACUGCCAAUCACAAUGUUUUUGCAGCCUUGCAAAAAAGAGCCAGCUCCUGCUACUAUUACGGAUACACCUUCGGAAACCGUGGAAGAGGUGCCCCGAGAAAUGGCACCACCCCCUGAAGAGACAUAAAAUCAAUCAUCGGCUGCACAGUAAAAGUCAUCAUUGCCUUCCUCAUCAUCAUUUUACUGCGCAUAAAUAUGGUGUCACUACUUCACAGAAAAUCAGUUCUUGUGACAGGCCUUGGAACCUAUCUACCGCGAUAAACGAGUGACCACUGCAAUCAGUCUGGUCUAAUUUUCAGUGUUUCUGACCAAGAUGAUUGACUUCCGUGCAUGGGCAGAGUAUGUGGUGGAGUGGGCUGCCAAAGACCCCUACGGUUUUCUCACCACUGUCAUCCUGGCCCUUACACCACUUUUCAUUGCCAGCGCCCUACUGUCCUGGAAACUGGCCAAGAUGAUUGAGGUCCGUGACCGGGAACAAAAGAAGAAGCAGAAACGUCAGGAAAAUAUAGCAAAAGCAAAGAGGACCAAGAAAGACUGAUUCUGCAAGGGCAGGAAAAAGGGCAAUUAUUAGCAACCACCUUGCCAAAUAACCCUUCUUCCAAAUCAUAACACGGUGCCCUUCCUCGUCCCAGCCCCAUCGUCAGCACAGGGCCACCACUCCUAAUGUCCUGAGUGGAGAAAGGGACAUUGGCCCAACAGGCUUAAUAGUGCUGAGACAGACAGUACUGCCUGGAGACUUGUCCUGGUGGGACUCUGGUCAGCAAGGGCACAGUACCUGCAUCUGUACCAUGGUUUUUAUACAGAGAUCUGCAGAUUAAUUUAUACAGUUGUUGCUAAACUUUGCAUUCCAAAAUUAGCACUGUGUUAACCUGAAAAUGUAAUAAGUGUACUAGAACUAUUUUCACAUUUUUCAUGUCACCUACAAAAGGUCCAAAUUCACUUUUUAUUGAAUAAAGUUUUCAUGAUUGAUUGA